CGCUCGUUUCAGUGCGAUUAGAAUCGUGUAGGAGUGUGGUGUGCAGAUACUUUGUGCAGUGCUUUUCAGGGGCACUGGAUCCAGUCGUACAUUGUCCAAAACCACAGCAAUAGCUACAGCAUGCCGGAAGCGUCCGAGUGUCAGAUACGGUUUGAUAAUAACCCGUGCGGGGUCUAUUUCCCCGGCCAGUCCCUGUCCGGGUACGUGGAGCUGCGCGUACUGGAAGCGUUCAAAGUAAAAGGUGUCAGCCUGCAAAUCAAAGGAUUCGCCGAGGUGAAGUGGCCGGAGAGCAGCGGUACGGGCAAAUCCCGCCGCACCGUGCACUACCACGGCCGGCAGGACUACAUCAACACGGUCACGUACCUGCAGGGGUCACCGGAGGGCAACCCGUUCGAUAUUGCGCCCGGUACGCACACGUACCGAUUCGGCUGCCUGCUGCCCCCCAAUCUGCCCACCUCGUUCGAGGGCCAGCACGGGCAUAUACGGUACACGGUGCGGGUGGUGCUGCACCGCCCGUGGAAGGUGGAUCCGACGUACAAGGUCGGCUUUACCGUGCUACGGCACGUGAAUCUUAACGAGAAUGCGCUCACGCUCGCGAUGCCCUGCAAGCUGGAGCUGCAGAAGGUGUUCUGCUGCGGGCCGUGCGCCUCGGACCCGCUCCACAUCUCGGCCCAGCUGCCGAUCGGUGGGUACGUGCCCGGGCAAACGAUUGCGGUGCGCAUCGAGGCCACCAACCGGAGCAAGAAGCGGGUGAGCGAGUUCAGCACCAAGCUGCUGAAGAACGUGUGCUACAUCAGCCAGACACCGUACAGCCGGGUGAAGCUCGAGCCGGAGGUGGUGGCGGAGGUGCGCUGUCCGGGGGUGGGGGCCGGCGAGCAGGGCACCUGGGAUCAGUAUCUGGCCAUACCGGCCCUACCCUCGACCAGCAACCAGUGCCAGGUGCUGACGCUUGGGUAUGAGGUCGAGGUGGAGGGCAAGAUACCCGGCCCGAACAUUAAUCCGCGCGUCCGCAUUCCGAUAACGCUCGGCACGGUGCCGUUAGCGGCGCACGCCAUCCCCAGGAUGGAGAUGAACUAUCGGCUAGAAGCGCACCCCGUACCGGAGGCAACCGUGCCAGCCCCUGUCCCCGCCGUACAGGACCCAUCGGCACCGCCAGUACCGUACGAUCAGCUCAAACCCGUCACCCAAGUCACCGGAAGCGUACCCAACGAUCAGCUACCACCACCGACGUACGAGGAGGCGGUAGGAUCCACGCCGGCCAACAUACUGGAGGAAGGGGAAGAGAACACGGGCAGCAAUAAUUUCACACCACAGUACAUGGUGUACCGUUUCGGCGAGUAAAAGCCCGGUGAAGCGGAUGGAGCAUGAUUCAGCGUUGAAAUACUUGAAACACUUACCAAUCCACUAGGAAGCAGAACUCCACGCGGAAUGAGUUCUUUUGCCGUUGCACAAUUAGGAUAAGUAUCGUCUUUUUUUUCUCUUUUCCCUUAAUAAACGUAUUGCAAUAAGUAAA